UGGUCACCGUGAUCACGGUGAUUUGAUCCCGGUCACCGUGAUCCUGGUCACCACGAUCGUGGUCACUUGGUCCCGGUCACCGCGAUGGACCGAGCGGACAGAGCGGCCGGAUCGUCGUGGGGGUGGAGGAGGUGGCAUGGCAGGGUUGGUCGGGACAAUGUUGGGAGAUCUUCCAGCAGAAGCUUUGUCCAGGUGGAUCCCAGGAACUCUUACGACAAAGGAUUGUCCAGCUGGAUCUCUGGAGAUCCUCCAGGGCAGGAUUUCUGCAGGGGGGUCCCAGGAACUCUUCAACAAAAGAUGCUUUGGACAGAUCCCAGAAGUUCUUCCAGGAAAGGAUUUCUCCAGGUGGAUCCCAGGAGAUCUUCCAGGGAAGGAUUUCUCCGGGUGGAUCCCAGGAGCUCUUCCAGCCAAGGGUUGCUCUGGAUGGACACAGGAAGUUCUUCCAGGGAAGGACUCGUUGGAGCAGAUCCCGGGAGAUCUUCCAGGGCAGGAUUGGUUUGGAUGGAUCCCGGGAGUUGUCCCGGGAAAGGAUUUCUCCUGGUGGAUCCCAGAAUUCCCGCAGGAUUUCUCCUGGUGGAUCCCAGAAUUCCCACAGGAUUUCUCCUGGUGGAUCCCAGAAUUCCCAGAGGAUUUCUCCUGGUGGAUCCCAGAAUUCCCGCAGGAUUUCUCCUGGUGGAUCCCAGGAGCUCCUGCAGGGCCUCGAUCCCGGGGUUGGUUCGAACCCCGUUGGGAUCUCCUGCUCCAGGUGGGUUUUCCUUGGAAGGAGGAGAUUGGGAUCCAUGGAUUCCCCUGGAAUGAGGAGAGUGGGAUCCACCCGGACUGGGAACUUUGGGAUCAGGAAUUCCCAGUGGAUCCAGAACUUUGGGAUCCCCAAUUCCCAACAGAUCCAGAACUUUGGGAAUCCCAUGGAUUGAGAACUUUGGGAUCUGGAAUUCCCAACAGAACGAGAACUUUGGGAUCCUCGGGACUGAGAACUUCGGGAUCAUCAAUUCCCAGCAGAUCCAGAACUUUGGGAUCCCCAUGGAUCAAAAACUUUGGGAUCCUCUGGAACGAGAACUUCAGGAUCCCUACUUCCCAACGGAUCGAGAACUUUGGGAUCCCCAAUUCCCAAUGGAAUGAGAACUUUGGGAUUUUGAAUUCUCAGUGGAUCAAGAACUUUGGGAUCCCCACGGAUCAAAAACUUUGGGAUCUGGAAUUCUCAAUGGAUCCAGAACUUUGGGAUUUGGAAUUCUCCCUGAACUGAGAACUUUGGGAUCCCCAAUUCCCACUGGAUCCCGAAUUUUGGGAUCCCCAUGGAUGGAGAACUUUGGGAUCUUGAAUUCCCAAUAGAUCCAGAACUUUGGGAUCUCCAUGGAUCAAAAAUUUUGGGACCCCCUGGACUGAGAAUUUUGGAAUUCCCAAUUCCCACCGGAUCCCAAAUUUCGGGAUCCCCGGUCCCUGCCCGGCCCCUGCCCGGCCCAGCCCCUUUUCCCAGGAAUAUUUAUCCCCUUAUUUAAAAAUUCGAGAAUUCCCAUCCCCACUCCCCCUUUUCCCCCCCAUGGACAUUCUGCACUUUAUUCCAGGCUCUGGGAAUUUUUUUGGGGUUUUUUUUGGGAUCAUCCCAUCCCUCACCCUGCAAAAUUUGGGAAUUUUGGCCUCCCGGGAAAUCGGGAUGAGCCCUGCUGGAAAAACCCUGGAGCUUUUAUGCAAAUCCCUCCACUCCCAUCCCAAAAUUCCCAAUUUUUUCCCCACUCUGAUUUUUCCAACCCCCCCCAGGACCAAUCCCAGAAAUUUUCGGGGCCAAAAUAGAAAAAAAAUAGGAAAAAAAAAAUCCCACAAGGAUUGAAAUUCCCACCAAAAUUCCCAUUCCUGGCAUGCUUCGGCUCGGAGGGGAUUUUUUUCUGGGGGAAUCUCCUGAAUUUUUAGGGAAUUUUUACCCCGGGACCCAGUUCCUUGGAGGUCCCAAUGCUUUUAUCCCGAUUUUCCCAGUUUUGUCCCGAUUUUCCUGCUUUUAUCCCAAUUUUCCUGCUCUUUUUCCCUUUUUUUCCCAUUUUCCCCCCCCGGCUAUGCAAGAGCUCCCCUGGGAUGGAAAUCCUGGAAAAAUCCCGGAAAAAACCCGAAAAUCCCAGAAAAAAACAAAUCCCAGGAAAGGCUCAGGAGGAGCCAAACGGACCCGAAAAGGCCCCGGGGAAAAUUCCCGGGAUUUGGGAUCCGCCGGGAAAAACUUCGGGAUUCCCUGGAUAUGCAAAGAAUAAAUCUGUGAAAAAUGGGA